AUGGAUCCUAGUCUGGAUGCGACGCUGUCCGAUGUGCUUGCUAAUUCCGUGCUGGAGAACCAAGCCACGGAGCAGCAACAAGUGCAAGUGGUUCCGGAAGCAGCCGAACAGCCGGUUCAAGCAGCACCUACCCCAGCUCCGCGUGGGAAGCGCAAGAGCGCGGCAGCGUCUGCCGGUUCAUCGGCGGAUGCGCGGCGGCGUGAAGCGAACCGCCUGGCAGCCGAGCGAUCCCGCAACCGCCAGCACGAGAAGAUCAUUGCACUUGAGAUGGCCGUUCAGGCAUUGGGCGAUGAAAACCUCAAGCUGAAGGAGGAGAUCGAACGUCUGGAGGGGCGCGAGGAGGGCGGCGCCGACCACAAUCUGCCGACCGGAGACCAAACAGCUACCACUGUGGCGGAUGUGGAGGCUGCCACAGCCGCAGCAAUCAACGCAGCCGACACACACAACCAACAGGGCAAUCUGCUCGCGGCGCUCUUGUCCAGCUCGGGGAGCAAUAUUGAUGAGCUCACUGCGACGCUCGACCCGGAGUCCGAGCAAAACUGGAUGCGCGGUGUCGAGAGUUUGUUCAAGGACGAGGUGGAUGUCAGUGGACGCUUGGGCGAGCUUGCAGCUGUGGCUGCGGGACAAGAAGGAGACGUUUAUGGCCCGACGUUGCCCGCCCUCGCCACCAGCAGUGCCUCGGCCGUUGCCGUGGCGAUCAACGCCGAGAUGGAGAAGCUGCUGCGUGAUGACAUUGCCAAGACUAAGGCAGCAAUCGCACGAGUGGAGCGCGAACUGACCCGCGCACGCGGCCAGCCGGUCUAUGAGGAAGGAGCCAACGACGAGUCGAUCCCCCUCUCUGCGACGAUCCCGAAGGAGCUCUUGGAGGCUGACAAUGCCGCGCUUCUCAACCGAUCUGAGGAGAUCAAGACGGAGAUGGCCAACGCAGAAUCCGAAGCGGUCGUACUGCGGGAAGUCAUAGCACGGAUGCGCAACGCACAUGACGAGGAUGAGCAGAAGGUGGAAGGUCUAGUGUCCGAGCUGAGGGGUCUCGAGAUGAACGGUGACGAACGCGAGCGCGAUCAGAUUGCCGGGCUUCUCCGCGGCUUGCGAGCACAUGUUACUACAAGGAUGAAUGCUCCAGGGGGCGACUUCCAUGCUGGCCCACUUAUGACUCCGUUCGCUUCUCCGGCUACGGCGCGAAGAAAGCGCGGCCGUCCUCCGAAGCAGGCGGCCCUGCCGGCGAAGUACGUCUACUCGCUGAUGUACUCUUCACCGUUACAAUCGCCAGGUGGAUCGACGGACGGCUCUGGCGACGGAUCCGGCACGUCGAGUGGCCGGGCAGGCAGAUCGUUCUCUCGGGGUCGCAGCCGGCUUGCGAACGAGAUUCGUAUUGACGAGGCCGGGCCCAGCAGCGCCGUGGACAACACGCAGGCAACCGCGCAUGACGACUACCUGCUGUCGCAUCUGACGCAAGCCGCCGAUGGAGGUCGCGACACGCAGCUCCCGCUCGACAGCUCGUCGUUCGCCGCCUUCCUCCCGCCGUCACCCCACGACGCAUCCGUGACGCCGACCCAGCCUGCUACGAUGGAGCACGCUCUCUCCGCGCAGCCCGAAGAAGUUCCGCAAGAAUCGAGCAUUCUGUCCCGCCUUCGCCGCGGCCCGCCAGGCAGCUGCGAGGUGUGCGGACGUACACACACGAGUGUGUGGCGCAAGCUUACCUUCCACGGCGAGGAUCUGAAGGUGUGCAACGCCUGCGGGCUGUAUCACGCGAAAUUCGGCAUCCUGCGCCCACACGAGCUCUGGGGCGACGGCAAGAGCGUUAAGAAGCGCAAGGCUGCGUCGCGCGCAAGCGUCGGGUACGAUAAUGGGAAACGCAAGCGCAAGAACGAGAUGGGCGCCCUCAUGGACGAGGCGCAGCAGCAGCAGCAGAUCGAGCAUAUCGAGCAACAACACGAUAUCGAGCAUCAGAUCGCGCAGCACCAACACACGCCCGAUAUGGACAUGGGCGUCGAGCAGGAGGGUCAGCACGAGCACCCCUCUCUUGGCGAGGUUGGGCGGGCUGUUGAGAACAUGUUCGCAGCCGCGGGGCAGGUGUAG